AAGCAUUUGCAAACUCUUAUUCAUAGUUUUUAAGAUGAAUUCUGUAAUUUUCAUAUCAUUAGUAAUGUCAGUGUUUGAUCAACCAUUCAUAAGUGAUCAGGAUUGGAAUAACUUCAAGAUAGAGUACAGCAAAAACUAUCUCAACAGACAUGAAGAAGUUCUUCGUUACAACAAUUUCAAAUCUAAUGACGAAAAAAUUAAGGCACACAAUAUGAAUUAUUUAAAAGGGAAAACUGGAUACAAAAUGGGACACAAUGAAUUCUCGGAUUUGAGUCAUGAAGAGUUUGCUGCAAUUUAUUUACAUCCAAUAAAGCCAGAAAUAGAUAAUAAUGAAUUAUCCUUCAAUACAUCUCUCAAAGACCCAGCCGAACUUUCAUACAAAAAGUACUGUCUUCCUCCAUUGAGUCAAGGUGGUUGUGGAAGCUGCUGGGCCUUUGCUGCUGCUGCUCAAGUUGAAGCUCAAUUAAAGAGGAAAAAUUCAAAUUUUAAACAGUAUAUAUCUCCACAAUACAUGCUCGAUUGCUCUGGCGGUGGCACUUGCAAGUAUGUUGAAAUCACCAAUAAUUUUAAUAAACUUAAUACAAUUCUUCCGUUGAUCAGGGGAGGUUCCACUAAAGCAGCAUUAGAUUACAUGAGAGAUAAUGGAUUUGUGUCCCUCAACGACUACCCUUACCGCACCAAACAACAAAAAUGCAAUUCAAAAGCACCAAAACUUCCGCAAAAAAUUAAAUCAACAUCUAUUAAAAGUUUACAUGGAAAUGAAGAUAGUUUGCAGAAAGCCUUAAUAAAUAUUGGACCCGUUUCUGUAUCAAUUUUAGUCUUAGAGACAUUUAAAAAUUAUAAAGAAGGAAUUUAUUUUGAUGAUUCGUGUCCAUCUACAUGCGAAAAAACUAAUCAUGCUGUUGUCUUAGUUGGAUAUGGAACUGACAAAACAUCAUUCAAAGAACCUGUUGAUUAUUGGAUAAUCAAAAAUAGUUGGGGAACAAAAUGGGGCGAAGGUGGAUAUUUUCGAAUGAUUAAAGGACGGAAAGGAAUGAAUAAUAACUGUAAUGUUGCCUGCUAUAUUAGAUAUGCUGUUGUAUAGACAGUAUUUUGGACAUACCAACAAUGAAAUGUCUUUCUAAAGUGGAUCAAAUGAAUCAAAAAUUUAAUAAAACA